AUGGUUUUCGAGGAAGACCGCAAGCUGCUGCAGACCCUCGAAGGUGAGGCGUACGAUGAGCUUCUGAACGAGCUCCGCGAGCUGGACGCAUGGUACAAGAAGCUUCGAGACACGGUGGUCAGGAACAUGACGCCUGACACGGAGCUGACCCGCAUCUGCACGGUGCCGGGCGACCAGCUGAGCGCGAAGAAGCGCAUCCUCGACGCCAGGGUGCUGUACAGCGUGGUGCCGCGGCGGUUCCGGGGCCGCGCCGUCGAGGAACACAUCGCGCAGGAGGUCGUCUACGAGUCCACCGGGCGUGCCAUCGUCAACUGGGUACGGAAUGUCCCCGGGCUCUGGGGCCUUGAGGAGGACUUUCUGCCGGAUGGGCGUCGGUGCUGGCUCGGCAAGUGGUUCGCCGUCGGUAUGCCGGACCCCGAAAAGUUCCCGCUGUUCUUGCUUGAGGCGGACUGGUUUCAGAUCCAAGGUGAGUCUUCUGAGCCUUAUGAUGGGGGCGAAGACGUGGAGUUGUCGGGAGGAGAAGAUGAACUCGACGAUGAGCUCGAAGAUGAAGACGAAGAUGAAGACGAAGAUGAAGAUGAAGAUGAAGAUGAAGAUGAAGAUGAAGAACCAGAUGCUGACUCCGACCAGACUAUAAGCGACCGCAGUCCCAGUCCUGUCUACCUCUAUACUGACGACAAGGUAGCAGACCCGGACUAUCGCCCUAAGCCGAGCUCGAGGGCCCGCAACCUGGAAGGUGGUCCCGGUAGCGCGCCGAUCAUGACGAUUCGUACGAGAUCUCGCUCCAUAUCAGAGAAGAAGGAGGAGGAGAAUUGA